GUGAACGGCUGUGCCAACUCAAUUUCGUGAAGGAUGUCUCCAUGACAGUAGACAGGAGAAUCGCAUGGUGCGAUGACGGUGCCGUUCUCGUACAACGCAAAAACGAAUGGAAUCGAAACAAGCAGCGUGAUCGAUAUCCUCUUGAAGGUCACCAUGAUCGUGGAAGAAGUCACGACGACGGCAUGCAAUUCAGUUGUCUCGGGCUCACCAAACGCAGCGAAGGAUCAUAAACCAUUCUUCAGCAGCCGAUGAGGGCAAUGAGUGGAUUAUAUUCCUUACGGCAGAACUGGCCCCGUCUCUCACGAUCUCCGCACCUUCUCCAUGCACCGUCAACCGCCGCUCCUGUUCAUGUUUUCCAUGGAAUUGUCAUCAAGCUUGGCUGACGUCGGAGAGCCUUCAAGUGACGAUGCAAAAAGCGCCGGGAGUCGUUCGCUCUUCGCCCUCCGUAGCCGCAUAGAGCCAACGACUCCAUUUUCCCCAGACAAAAUCAUCCCCGUUAUCCCUAGGCUCGGUGGUGGGCACAGGAUGCGAAGAAAGCAUGACGAUCACGAUGCAACCGUGGGGAUCCGUCUUGACAACUUCCCAACUGGGAAGCUCGCGGGUCUAGUCUCCGCAUGCCAUCCAGACAACCUAGUUCCCCGCAUUGAGAGUUUGGUUCUGGGUGCCAAUGGAAAUAGACCAUGGGCCUAGUGGAAAAGCGAGAUGGUGAGCGAUGAACUGAUCUUGCCGCUGGAACGGUCCGAGUCCCAAUGGUGGAUGCGCGCCAUCUGCGUCAAUGUCGGGGAUGCCUCUGGGAGAGAACAGGGAAUGAACAAUGACGACGCGGCCGAGAUAUGCGAAUUGGGCAGGGCAUCCAAUUGACGCGGAAUUUUCCGACUACGGUUGUCGUCUGAACUUCCUAUUGAGGUUCAUUCAGUGUAAAAAGCGUGUCCCUGUCAAUUGAUAUUGUAAUCAUUAAUGUUGUAAUCAUUUGAACUGUGUAGACUGCAGAGAGCUGCGGAUAUUCGCGGUUGAUAAUGAUUAGAAAG